AUGGUCGUUACACUCUCCCAAGAUGCCCAUGAACUGGCAGGUAAAGUUGCCCUAGUUACCGGUGGCAGUCGGGGUAUUGGCUCCGGCAUUGCGCUGGAGUUGGCCAAGAAGGGUGCCUCGAUCGCUAUCAACUAUGCCCGGGACCCCGUUUCCGCCGAAAAGAUGGUCCAGGAGAUUCAGGCUGUGGGCAGCCAUGCAGCCGCCUUUCAGGCCAAUUUGACCCAGGUUGACGCCAUUGAAUCCCUUUUCCAACAGGUUGUGGCACACUUCGGUCAACUGGAUAUUGUUGUUUCCAACUCUGGAACCGAGAAGUUUGUCUCGCUGGCCGAUACCACCCUCGAUGAUUUCAACGAAGUGUUCGAUCUCAACACCCGCGCCCAGUUCUUUGUCGCUCAGAAUGCCUACAAAUACAUUCAGCCGGGUGGCCGAGUGGUGCUAAUGUCGUCCAUCGCCGCAGGCGUUGGCGUCCCGGGUCACUCAUUGUAUGCCGGCAGCAAGAGUGCGAUAGAGGGCUUCACUCGCUGCUUUGCCGCCGAUUUCGGAAAGAAGCGAUGCACAGUCAAUGCCAUUGCCCCGGCUGGCGUGAAGAGUGACAUGUGGCUGAAGAACGCAUGGCGCUAUGCGCCUGGAUGCGAUCAGAGCUCGUCCAUCGAGGAGAUCGAGCAAGCCUUGGCAAACGGUAGCCCCUUGAAGCGGUGCGGUGUGCCGGCCGACAUUGGCCGCGUUGUGGCAUUCUUGGCUAGCCCGGGAGGGGAAUGGAUCAACGGUCAAAUCUUGCCGUUGAAUGGAGGUGCCAAUAUUUGA